UAAUGCGCGGAAAAACACGAGAUCGGAAAGUAUGUGCAUUUAGAUCUGCUAUUGUGUAGCACUUUAUAUUCCUGUGGACGAUCGACAGAAGUUAGCCACAAUGGCUGACAGUGAUAACGAAUGUAAAGUCUACGUUGGUUCUUUAAAGUUUGAGACGACCGAUGUCGGGCUUGCACAACAUUUUGGGGAGAUUGGAGAAGUUGUAAACGCUGUAGUUAUAAAGGAUCGUGAAACUGCAAGAUCAAGAGGGUUUGGUUUUGUCACCUUUAGUGACAGUUCAUCUGCAUCAAGAGCAUGUGAGAAGCUUGAUAAUACGGAACUUGAUGGCAGAUUAAUCAAAGUAUCCAAAGCAAACUCCCGUUCUGGUGGAGGGGGAGGCACUGAUGGCCGAUUUAGAAGCCGCGGAGGUAGAGGUGGUGGUGGCUAUGGAGGCGGUGGCUAUGGAGGCGGAGGCUUUGGUGGGGGAAGACGUGGUGGUUAUGGUGGAGGUGGUUUUAGUGGUGGUGGAGGUUAUGAAGGAAACUAUGGGGGUGGAAGCUAUGGAGGGAACUACAGCGGCAGUGGUGGCGGACAGUACACAUAUGGUGGUGGCAGCUCUGGUUAUUAUUAAAAGAAACAUGGCUCCAGAUAAGGCCAUCUGUUCUACUUCCAUGAUUCAACUCUGUUCCUGUCAGUCUGUUAUGCAUUGAUGUGCUGAGGUCCUAGAACAAGACAUAAAAAUUCAGUUUGCUGUCCUGAAACGUGAUGAAUGAUAAACCUCAGCUUAUGAUGUUCAGUGUGCUGAAGUUUCCUGUGUUAUUGUCCUGUGCACAUUCUGCUUUGAAAACCUCAGCUAAUGAUGUUUGGCUUUCUGAUGUUCUGAUGAUCCAUUUAUUGUGCAGAUAUGGUGACUUAUAUGAAGAGCAGAAAUUCAUACAUAGUUUUAGUUCUUGUUAGUUUAGUAAAGAUAUUUAGACAUUUUUUUUCUAUGCUCACCUGUUCAAAGGAGUUGAAAAACCAUCAUUGUACCUUAUUAAAAAGAAACAUCCACUU